AUGCAGAACAUAGGACAUGGCGCACCCUCCGCUCCACCGAGGCAUGGCCCGCCGAGCAGCGGACAGGCAGGCGCCGAGGCGAUGUAUUUCACUGGCGAGGGGUUCUUGUGGCCUAGUGAUACCACAAUACCACACAAACCUCACCGCAAUGAGUCUCCUUUGCGUUUCUCGCUAAGCCGACCAGGUGGCCAACGGCGCCUGCAGGUGCAUCGUGUGGGUUUUGCUGCCCUGGCUGCGGUUGUGAUGGCCUACUUUCUCCUUCGUUGCGCCCGGCAUCUGGCUUCUAGAAGUACGCCCACAGGCGUCCUGAGGUCGCUUGCUGCGGCUGGGGAGGAGCAGCACGUUUCUGGGGAGCCCUGCGUCUUUGGGAGCCCGGGAGAGCCUGCAGGCCCUGCAGUAGAAGGCGGACUUCCUGGCAGAGAGCAGGUCCUUCUGGAAGUCAAACGUUGCACGUCGGAUUUGGUUGAGGCAAUGCAGGAGAAUAGAGACGCGUUGCUUCGCAUUCCUCCGUCUUUUUCUGUGAAGGGCUUCGCGACCCUUUUGCGUUUCUGUGUAGUGGAGCUGGCUGCAGUUUGUUCGUUGCUACAGCUUAAAGAGCGGGACUCUGUAGUGUCCGCACUGGAACACCUUACGGAUGAGGCCGAUUUCUUCAGCCACUUCUUCAAGGGUAAGCGCGUAUCUCGCACCAGUUUGCAUCACAUCCGCUGCAUGCGUAAGUUACUACCGGAUGUGCCAAAGAUGCGUUUCGAGGGGUCUUCGAUGCCUCGCCUGGAGCUUCUCUCGAAACUAUCCCGGUUACUGAAGUUGCAGCAAGUGGCGCUGAAACAGGUGCAGCAUGGCAUGCACCUGCUGACAGUCGCUUUCGAACAGACGGGAGAACAACCCCCGGAUGAUGCUGCAGCAGAAUAUCUGGAUGAGUUGUUCCAGACAUCUGACAUGCGCAGGGACCAGGUGUUUCAAGACAGAGUGCUCGGUAACUGGCUGCGCGGCAGACAAUGUGAGGGCUUGAGGUUCGGGAUAGUAGCUCCCAGAAUGAUUCGAGCAAUCGGCCAAGUUCCCCCGAAACCCGACGAAGAACUUCUAAAGGAUCUCCUCAAUACUCCUUUGGGGUUACGGCAACAGCAGAUGAGUCAGCAACGCUCGGGGCCAACAGAUGUCCGCUCAGAUGUGCAGCCGGUAGAGCCUCCACUUUCAGCGGAAGUGCCUGCCAUACAUGUAAGCACGACCUCAAGCUCUCCCAAGGAGUUGAGCUCUGCUGAAGCCGCAGUGGGACCUGAGGAGCCUGCUGCAGAGGAGGCGUCUUCCCGUCAGGCGUCAGAACGCUUAGACGCUCCUGCGACUUCUGCAUCGUCUGGAGGAUUGGGUUUUUCAGAGCAUGUAGGGAAUUCUGCUUCUGCAGGGGCUGGGGAUGCGUCGCAGAGCUUUGCUCCGCCUACAGUCGCAAGUGGAUCAUUUUCGUCGCUGGCUGCUGGCGUCCCUGGCUUCCCGUUGGUUGCGGGUCCCGACACGGUUUCCCAGGCGUUGAGCUCGCCUGAAGCGCCUGGUCUUGUGGGAAUGCCUCUGCCAUUGAAGCCCCCUGACGUGCCUGGACGCUUGGCCUUAUUAGGACACACGGUAACAUUGGAUUCAGCUAGCCAAGAGUCUGGGAGUUCUAAGAUGCCGGAAUCGGCAACAAGCGCACUGCCUCUUCCGCGGUCUGAGGCUCCACUGACCCAGGUGUCUGGCCACCACGAAGUCCGUGAGACAGCUGCCACCUCUGCAUACGGAGGGCGUGGGGAGUUUCUACUGGCGGUCGGGGCAUUCAAGGCUGCCGAAGAGCCUUCAAUGUCGCAACAUCCACAGGAACAAUUACCAAGCGGUCCUUUAGGGUGGAUUGGUAGCACAUUCGGAGCGCAAGGCGAAUUAGGCCCAUAUAGUGUGGUUUGGUCGGCGGACCCACGCUGGCAGUGGCCUAGCAGGCAACCUGCUGUUUCCUUAGACGGACAGUCGGGGCCCAAAGAGCGUCACUAUCCAUUCAAAGGGGCAGCUGUAGGAGAGCCAGAAGGGGGGAUACGCGAACCGGAGGGAACGCCGCCGGCACGCGUAGCAGCAGCUCUUUUCUCUCCUACUUACGUAGACUUUAGCAAAGCCAUGCCUUCACUUCAGGCAACCAGUGGUGAAGCUGUGAAGUUGCCCAGGGCACAAGUGAGGCAGAAGCGGCUUUAA